AACCUCGUCGAACCUCGAUAGAUUCCAGCCCGGUUCACCAUCAGAACAGCAGUACAUGCCCGAUCAUGACCCAAAAAUUGUGCUACGGCCAACUGCUAACAACUCGAUAUCGAAGCUGUCCACUCUGAGUCAUUCGAACCACACCCUCUCUCCCUACACACGCACCCUCGAGCACUACACCGUCCGCAGUGUUCCGCCCCGCGACGCCACCUCUUGUGGACCUGCUUCUAGCGUCGAGAAGCCGCCAGUGCGGGCCAAGCGGAAGCGCAUCCACCACUUGGGCGGGAAGCCGGCGAAGCCUGACGCCCCGCAACGCGAUCCAUCAGCGUCGCCUAGACCACAGCUCUCCGAGUUUGAUGCCUCCGAGAUGGAUCGUUACUUUCGCGCCAAUGACGACCUCAUCCCCUUCUACCCCGAUCAUCUUCCCUCGCCUAAUGCUCGACGACAUUUCCCCUAUCAAUCAUAAUCAGGACUGUAUCUUACGCACCAUGUUUGUCCAUGUAUGCUAUUGUCAUUGGUACCAUAGUUCACUCAAUUGUAGAUCAUUGUCCUUGUUUGUUUUCUUUCGUAACGGUUCGUUCAUAUCGGGUUAAACGGCGGCGCGAGCGGCUGGAAGCCUUCUGCUGCGAAUGGCAAAGUCGCCGUCAUUGGCAUUGGAAUUGUCACUAUCGUAGGCGAAGCUGCGCUUUCGAACUCGUCUACAUGCAUACUUGGGAGCCGGCUUGUGUUUUGUCUGGCCGCUGGUAUCUGGCGCAGCUGCCGGAAGUCAUUGUUGUUGUACGUUUUAGUGAGACCGGUGGAGGCCGGCGAGCGGA